CCCAGGCCCGCCCUGCCUGGGAGGGGUAGCUGAGGAAUCGCGCUCGGGCUGAAGGCCUGUCCGCCUACCUGUGGUGGGCAGCGGAGCCGCCGCUGUUGCCGCGGACCGUUAGGCCUGGAGAAUUCCCCUCAGCUGCCUGCCGCGUCGCGUAACGGCGGGGGAGGACAGCUCUGUCAGCCGCGGUGGAGCGGAAAAGCUGUAACAGGGCCGCCAGCGGAAAAGGAGUCCUAAGCCAGCUGCUUUUGUGGGGGGUGUUUUGAAGUGUCACGGAUGUUGGAAAACACGGUCUUUGCCUUUCAGACCGAAAAGGCAGAACUAGCACCAGCGAGAAAAAAGGGAUGGGGAGGUGCUGAGGAGGUACCAUAGUGGAGAACUACUGGUGAUUAUGCCUUAACGAUGAAAAGUCUGGAGGAACUGGUAGGCUUGAAGUGUUACGGAAGAAGCGUUUGUCUUCCUGUUAAAAAGAGAAAACCAGCACCUCACGCGUCAUUGUAGAGUAACUAAACAUAGCUCGACGUCCCAGCAAAAUGUCCCUGCACCUGUGCUGUGGAAAGAAGCAACGGCCCAAGACAUAAGGAUAAGAUAACGGCACGAGAGCAGAAAGCAGAAGUGAGCAAGGACAGUUUAGCCUAUGUGCUGCAGGUUUAGAGUUCACACAGCAGAUGAGUUUUUUCCAGAAUUCCAGCAGAAUGAAAACAAAUGGAAAAUUCUCCAUAAAUCAGGAGAAGAAGUUAUGCAGUAAACUGGUUUGAAGAUAUGAGAGCUUUCCUUUUACAUAAGGCAUAAAAGAAAAUGGAAGAUGAGACUUUACAAGGUGAAACGGAAAUGGCAAAAGUUGAAACACAUGCUACUCCUGAGAUCAGUCGGCGGGUAUCAGUUAGUGAGUUCCUUUGCCACUGCUGUUACGACAUUCUGGUCAAUCCCACCACCCUGAACUGUGGGCAUAGUUUCUGCAGACAUUGCCUAGCCUUGUGGUGGGUAUCAUCCAAGAAGAAUGAAUGCCCUGAAUGCAGAGAAAAAUGGGAAGGAUUCCCCAAAGUAAACAUCCUCCUCAGGGAUGUUAUUGAAAAGCUAUUUUCUGAUGCCAUUGAACAAAGAAAAGAAGAUAUUCAGCAAAACAGUGAUGUAGCACGCAGCUUAGCAACCUUCCAAAAAUAUGGGAAUGACCAGAUUCCUACAGUUCCAAACACAGGAAGAAUUAAUCCUCGAGGAGGAGGUUUUUUCUCAGGCGUUCUGACAGCUUUAACUUGUGUAGCAGUAGUUCUACUUGGAUAUCACUGGAGUAGCAGAGAAUUUGAAGAAGAUCUUCUUGUCCACAAGCCUGUUGCUAAAUGGACUGCUGAGGAAGUGAUACUUUGGCUAGAGCAGCUGGGCCCAUGGGCUUCACAUUAUAAAGAACGAUUUUUCCUGGAGAAAGUGAAUGGAAGACUCCUCCUAACACUGACAGAGGGGGAUUUCAUGAAAGAGCCUUACAGUAUAGAGAACAGUAACCAUAGAAAAGCUAUUAUGGCGGAACUGGAAUGUGUGAAAACUUUAGGCGUUAAACCACCACAAAAUCUUUGGGAAUACAAGGCAGUAAAUCCAGGAAAAUCACUCUUUCUUCUGUAUGCGCUGAAGAGUUCUCCAAGACUCAGUAUGUUGUACCUAUAUUUGUUUGAUUACACAGAAGCUUUCCUACCUUUCAUCCACACAAUUUGCCCUAUGCAAGAAGACAAGUAUGAAGAUAUUGUCACAAAACUACUAGACCUUAAAGAUCCUUCUUGGAAACAGUGGAGAGAAUUCAUUGUAAAGUAUUUAUUUUUGCCAUACCAGUUGAUAGCUGAAUUUGCUUGGGAUUGGCUGGAUGUGCACUACUGGACAUCAAGAUUUAUAAUUGUAAAUGCCAUGUUGCUCUCUGUUCUGGAAUUAUUCUCCUUUUGGAGGCUCUGGUCAAGAAGAGAAUUGAAGACUGUUCCUCACAGAAUGUGGAGACAUUUCUGGAAAGUCUCAACCCAGGGUCUUUUUGUCGCCAUUUUUUGGCCUUUUAUUCCUCAGUUUGUCUGCAAUUGUUUGUUUUAUUGGGCCUUGUACUUUAACCCAAUUAUAAACAUUGAUCUUGUGGUUAAAGAAGUAAGGCGUCUGGAGACACAAGGGCAGUGACUGGCAUUGGAACUUUUGAGCUGUUUAGCUUCUAAAAAUGGACAUUUGAAAUAAGCUUUGUUUUUCUUCUUUAUGUAUGUGGCAGUGAAAGUGGUGGAUUAUGUUAACAUACAAAAAAGCCUUAAGGUAAGUUACUCUUAAACCAGCUGAUUCCAACUCUGAGGAUGGGCUUUAUUAUCCAAAAGGAAUUGUAUAUUGGGGAAAAAAAAAUUACAUUCCUAAUUUAGCCAUGUAAAACUUCUACAGUCAUGUCAACCUAUUUUUGAUCAAAUCAAACUUUUCUAUUCUGUUUUGAGUAUUCUGGUUAUUUUCAAGCCUGCCUUAAAAUCAGUGUCUUCUGAAUAGCUACAGCAAUUUUUUUUUUUUUUUUUUUUUAAAGUUAGCAUUUCAUACCAGCAAUGUAUUCCUCAACUUAAGUUUGCCAAAGGAAAGCUCUUCCUGGACAGGCUUGAUACUGAAAGUACUUCAGGGUUUUCAGUCUGCUUUACCUUUAAAGUUAUGACUGUCAAAUACACAGUCUAAUAGUAGAGUUUGUUCUAAAAUUCCCCCUGCUGAAGGCAAAGACUGCUUGAGUUUUCUUGUCUUUUGGCAAAUGUGGUGAUACCUAUUCAAAAUUUUUUAUUCAGAUCAGUUCUGAAUCAGUUCAGUUCAGAUCAAUAGUUUCCUUAAUGCUCUCCUCUUGAAGUGUGUUGCUAAUUCUUAAAUUCAGGAUUAUCCCUUAAAAGGAUUAUUUUGGAAAGUGACCUGACAGUAAUUACAUCUUACUGCAAUAUAAUGUGUGUAUCUAGAUCUGUGAGCAAACAUUGACUGGAAGGUUAUUUUGUAUAAUCAUUAUUGCCAUUUGUUAAUGUAUGGUUUUUGAUUGAAGCAAAAAUUAGAUUUUUCAAGAGCUUUGUCCCCUUGCAUUCUACAUUGUUUUGUUGGUUUUUUUUUUCAUUUGUAUCACUAACAUGACCUUGAAAUUUGCCUAUGAAUAUUUUUAAAGAUUAAAGAUCUCUCUUGAAAUCUUCGUCCUUCCUAAAGAAGUGGGUUUUAAUUUUUUUUUUAAAUUGACGUUAGCUUUGACUUGUGUAAAUUUGUCCUGUAGCCCUGCUGCUGUAAAUGAGUUGAAAGUAGACAUUAAACACUUCUUAACAGUUCUUAAACUGUCAAAAUUAGCAGUUAAAAGUGUAGUAUUCAGUAAUUUGUGUUACAGAUUGCUCCUCCUAAAAGGUUUAAAAAACCUGAGAAAUGACCCUAGCUAAAACCAUCUUUACAUCUUCAUGAGGUAUAUACACUCCUGAACUUUGCAAACUCAUGCUGUCCAAGUUCAAAGACUUACAAGAAGAGCAGUUGGUCUCAAUAACUGCUACUUUUUUCAUGUAUCUGUCUUGGCGAUGAUUUGCACUUGCACUUUUAAACCGGGCUCUGAAGUUUUAAGGGUGGAACUUCUUCCUUGGCCUACAGGAAACUCAAGGUGUACAUAGAGUAAGGAGCUUGAGCCAUAUCAAAUGACAACUUCUUAGAAAACUGUAUUUAAAAAAGUAAAUACUAGGAAAAAAGAAUUCUAUUAGGUAAUUUUUAAUACAGGUGGGACUAUGUAAGGUCAAUGAGAUGCAAAAGUUAAAUUAGGCUUCAUAAUAAGUGUUUAAUAUAGAUGAGAGGGCUCUUUGUGCCGAUACUGUCACUUCAUGCAUUUCUUCUGGUUAGUUCAAAGUUAACAAAUGUUAAGGUAGCUGUUUGAUUUGUAUCUUAGAGCCAGUGGAGGGGGGAUGAAAAGUUUACAGUGAAUGAUACUAUGAAUCUGAAAAAUCUGUGAAUCUGAAUAUAAACAAAAUAAUUUUAAAUCAGUUACUCCUUAAGCUGAUAAAUUCCUAUUUAGUCAAUAAAAGUUUACACAGAACUAAUGAACUUGUUCUUAGUCCAUGCACUGAAGGUAAAUAAGAGGAUAAAUGUUUACUUUGGCCAUUCUGGGGUGAACAGGCUGAGGUGGCAGGAAGGAGAAUCAAGAAAGGGGAAAAUCAUUUGUUGUCACUAGUGUGACAAAAAAGUAAUUCUAGAUUUUAAUGCAUACAGAGUUCUCAUAAAGACUGAUGUAUAUCUAAUACCUACACAAAGGCUGAAUGUCACCACACAUAAAGUCUGGCCACAAAAGGUAUUUUGUGUGAUAGGGAGCAUUAGAAAAACAUUUGGCAGCUUCACGGUCACAUUUGCACGCCAUUUUUUGACAUUUGUCUUCUAGUGAUUCUGCAAGAAAACACAGUAAGUUUGAUGUUAGUCUGAAGUAAUUAAAAAUACCAAGUGGAGUACCAAGAAUUGCUACCUCAUGCUCUGUGUUUGCCAUAUAAAUGGCUCUUCUAUUUCAAGUGCAAUAGGAACUGUAUUGAACUUCCAGUUCUUUCAUGUUCUUUAGGCAGAGCUCCAUGCUAGGACAUCUCAGCAACAGAGAAUAUACAAGCAUGGUUUGGUUUAGCGACGGUUGAUAAUCGGUGGAACUAUCUUGGCAGAUGAAAAUAUAAUAAUUGGAUAAAGACUUAAAUACUAUUCUUCACCUUCUUUAAUAAAGGAACACUGAUAACUGAUUCCUCUUUAGAAAGUGCUAUAUGACCCUCCCUGCCCACCCUGUUGCUCUAGUGAAACUUGAGCUUGGGAAGACAUUUUCCAUUUCACAUAUGCUUUAAUCUACUAAAGGAUGUAGCAUUAAAAUUACGUAUGUGAAAUAAGGGAUGCAAAGAUAUUCCACGUUCAGCAUAAAUCGACGACCUUUUUAUUAAGGCAUUCAGUAAGGAAUUAGGUAAAGUGUGUUUAAAGACAAUAAAAUCCAUGUCUGGCCAUACUUGUUUUUAUAACUGUAGUAUUGUAACAUAACAGAUUUCUUGGCAUGAACAUUUUUUUCUACAGCAAUGUAUUUUGGUUUUAUUGUGCCAACCCAGAAAUGUGUGGUUUUUCUCUCUGCAACUGUCUGUAAACUGAAAAAUCCUUGAUUAUAUUUUGUCUGAGUAUUUAACAUUUUGAAAACUUAGCCAAAUCUUGCUUGAGAUUUGUCUAGGAGCAGACAAGCAUUCAGUUUUGUGAAUGAACUCAAGUUCUGCUAUGAAAUUGAAGUGUUUUUAAUGUAUGUAUGUUGAUUCUGCAACAAGCUACCCUAAGAACUACUCAAUAGCAUAACUAGCAUAAACAACAUGAUAGGAUGAAAACACCCCAAAUAUUAACUGAGAAGAACUAUUCCUUCUCUUGUUACUGCUCCAAACUGAUCUUCUCCAUGGUACACCGAGGACUUUGUUUCAGCUAUGUUUCUUGAUGACAUGCCUACUGUCUUGGCCAGUAUUUUAAAAUAUUGUCAGUUUCUGGACUGGAACAGGAGCAGAACCUUUACAACCAAAUAUAGGCAGACUGUAACUUGACAGCUAAUCAGGUAGUUUGCAAGAGAAGAUGCUUAGUACUUUGGGAGCAGAGGAGGAAAUUAACAAGUAGAGAUUCUGCAUGAGGUAGACACUUGGGCAAAGUAAAGGUUGAAUGAAAAGGAGGAAAGGAAAUACUAUAAAAAACUUUCAUUUGAUUUCAGGUCAGGCAAAUUCUAAAUUGAGUUAUGAAAUAAGGUAUUUGUGUUUUCUCUGAAUGGUCUACUGUGUUGCCUUUAAACUAUGGUAGUCAAACUCAGACUCAGUGUUGUAAACAAGUUUAUAUAAAGGUCUGCAUUUUUGUGGUGCAAAUAAUAACCCAUUCUCAUGCUGAUUUGCAUUCUAGGUAGUAGCGUAAAAUUACAUGCAAAGUAACUUUGACCUAGCACCUGAUUUAAAAAAAAAAAAAAAAAAAAAAAAGCAAAAAAUAAAACCUAACAACAAGAAAAAACCCUGCAAAUUUUAGGGGCUUGUGAGAAGUUAGUUUCAAAAAGUCUUUGAAGUGUAUUGGAAAAUAUUUGCUAAAACUUAAGAGUUGUGAACAAAUAAUGUAAAAGGAAUACUGCUUUCUCCUGUUAAAUGCUUUUUGUUUGUUUCUUUGAUACCUCUUUGUUCUUCUCUUAUACUAUAGCAUGGCAAGUGUAUUACAUUCAUAUUUCAGAGCAGUUGAACAAAAUUUAUCAGGAUGUGGUCAGCCAUCUGUUGCAGCUUGUACACUAAUUAUGUACAUAUUUUCAAAUUAACAUUUUAUGGCUUGUGGUCAUGCUACUUCCAUAAAUAAACAUAUUCAUUGAGUAUAUUAUUACCUCAGCGUUUGAAAUUGUAAGUUAUAAUUGUGAGUUCAUUCAUAAAUUGCAGCCACUAGCAGUGGGCUGUGCAACUGAUCAGUGGUAAGUAUGCCAAAAAUUUGUCCAUCAUAAAGUUAUAAAUGGUGUGAAAUAUUUUCUGCUAAGUAUAAAAAAGAUCCUUUUUAAACAGGUGUGAUUUUCUCGCCUCCUGUUUGUAGUUGCUCUCCAGUUGGAGACCUGCAGGAGUAGCAAAACAUGGGUUCCUCAGUGUAUGUAAAUGCUGAGUAAAAAGGGAGUGUUCUGGUAGUGUUUUCUGAAAGGGCAAUAGAAACUUGUAGAUCAGAAUUUUGUUUGCUUCCGUAUGUCAGUAGCUGGGAAUUAAGAAAAAACUGCAUUCAGUUGAUUGGCAUAGCUGUGCUUUCUGGAGGCACAGCUUACCCUGGCAAAAAAGUCACAAAAGGAAGGAUGGUAAAGUAAGAAUUUUACAGUUAAUUAGUAAAAUGUCUUUCUAUUAAGUCAAUCAGACAAUCACUACGAGUAAAAACAAAAACAAAACAAAA